AUGACUUCCGAUACAAAUCUCAGCUUGACAGUAAAGGCACUACAGGAACGCCUCAAUCUUCUCGAAGACAAGCAAGCCCUCCACGAGCUUCUCGACCAGUACUGCAAAACCCCGGACAGGCAUGACUUUCGAGGCCACGCAAACACAUAUGCCGAAAAUGGGCAACAACAAUAUGGCCCGUGGGGACCCGUGAAAGGCCGCGACAACAUCGCGCGAAUGAUCGAAAAGAAUGAAAGCAACGUUGUAGAUCAAUUGCAUUACAUGACGAAUAUGCGGUUCGAAGUCGAUGGUGAUACGGCUACUGGGUCCUCAUAUUUGAUUAUGGUCGUUAUCAGAGAUGCGGAGAAGCGGACGGAUACUUUGUGGCAGGGAGGCCCCUAUGAGUGGACGUUUGUGAGAACGGAGUCGGGCUGGCGGAUCAAGACGAUGAAGCUGCAGGCGACUUGGAUGAAUCGGGAGGAUCCUUUGGGUGUCUUCAGCACAGCGAUGAAGGUGUGA